CGAUAGGCCCUCCAUGGAGUGUGUGAACGGGACUGUGGUGAAGGAGUUUGUCUUCCUCGGCUUCUCAACUCUGGCUGAGCUGCAGCUGCUGCUCUUCGUUGUCUUCCUGCUCCUCUAUUUGUUCACCCUCAGCACCAAUGCCGUGAUUAUCUCCACCACCGCGCUAGACAGAGCCCUUCACACCCCCAUGUACUUCUUCCUCUCCGUCCUCUCCUGUUCAGAGACCUGCUACACCUUUGUCAUUGUGCCCAAGAUGCUGGUUGACUUGCUGGCUCGGAAGAAGAGCAUCUCGUUCCUCGGCUGUGCCAUCCAAAUGUUCGCCUUCCUCUUCCUUGGCUGUUCCCACUCCUUCCUGCUGGCAGCCAUGGGCUAUGAUCGCUACGUGGCCAUUUGCCACCCUCUACGCUACACGGUGCUCAUGGGGCACAGGGUGUGUGUGGGGCUGGUAGCCGCUGCCUGUGUCUGCGGCUUCACUGUGGCACAGGUUAUCACAGCCUUGGUGUUUCACCUGCCCUUCCAGGCUUCCAACCAACUCCAUCACUUUUUCUGUGACGUCUCCCCUGUUCUCAAGUCGGCGUGCCACCACGCCCACUUUACGCAGAUCACCAUCUUCGUGCUCUGCGCGCUGGUCCUGGUUAUCCCUCUGUUAUUGAUCUGGGCCUCAUACAUUCAUAUCAUUUCUGCCAUCCUCCAAUUUCCUUCCACACUAGGGAGGUACAAAGCAUUUUCCACCUGUGCGUCUCACCUCAUUGUGGUCGUAGUCCACUACGGGUGCGCCUCUUUUAUCUACCUACGGCCCAAGUCCAACUACUCUUCAAGCCAGGAUGCUCUGAUAUCGGUGUCCUACACUAUCCUGACGCCACUGUUCAACCCAGUUGUCUACAGCUUAAGAAACAAAGAAUUCAAAUCAGCUCUUCAUAGAGUCAUAGGAAGAGCAGUUACCCUAAGACAAUGCUAAUCUGCGCCCUGCCUUUUUCCAAAUAACUAAGAAUAAAGGACACGGAGGGAGAUGCUCAAGAUGGAAAUAACUGAGCAUCAUGUUCAGAAACAGGGACUAGUUUUCCCUCACUUUCAAUAUAAAGUUCAGAACCACACAAUUUCUUGCCUUGGUGACAUGAAUUAUUGUCCAGUAAAGAAUAUUACAGGAACCUAUUCUGUUCUAGGGAGCCAGUGUUGAGGCUAAUCUCGACUGUCAAUGCAAAUAGAAGCUAGAAUCAGCUAAGACGCGUAUGUCUGGGCAGAGGCGUGAAAGCAUUUCCAGAAGGGAUUAGCUGAGGGGAGGUCAUCCCUCAGAGAGGACAGAACCUUUUAACAUGUAGCCCGGACAUAAAGGGGUCUGAGGAAAGGGAGCACUUUGCCUGCCUGGAUCCCAUAUUGCAUCUAUGUCUGUUAUUUCUGUGGUUGUGGCUGCUGCCGCCGCCACCUUUGCAUGGCUGCUUUAGAAUCCUGACAUAGGCAAGGAGAGAGGACAUGGACAGCGGACACAGAGGACAAGUGGACCUCCAGGGACCCUCCAGGCCUUUCGUACAAACUUUUCGACUGCUGAGAAGUCAGCCUCAAGGAAUGAGUAUCGGUAUGUUCUCAGCCUCUGCCGCAUGCGCCCAGCUAUUAUUGGACUGGACUGCAGUCAGUCCCUACGGGGCAGACCAUUCUAGUGGCUCUGUCCCCUAGGGAGCCUUGUCUAAUGUGCCUGGAAAGAACUUUUUUCUAGGUUGUGCUCUUUCUGAAUAAUUGCUGAGUUGUGUUAUUUCGAUAUAAUUGUUACAAAUUUAAUGAGAUAAUUGGACAACUAGCAGUCGAAGCUUGGCACAUAUGAUAGAAACAAUUGGUGCUCUCAUGAGAAAGUCAUAAAACAACUAUUUAGUGUUUCUUGAAGUUUUUAAUUCAGAUACACUGUGCUGAUAACAUCAGUGUAUCUAAUAAAUAAGACUUCCUUUUCCAAUUUCUAUGCACGUUUAAAUCAAAGUUUAAAACCUAUUUUUCUCAGCGUUCGCCAGGUGGAGAACUGUACAAAGAGUCUCCAGUGUCUGUUCUUCGUGUGACUCUGAACCAUGUGUUUAGAGGGAUGCUUUGUUUAUUUCUUUAUUAGGGACGGGAACCGAAUGGAACUCCGUGACCCAGAUGUCUGUCGUGUUUCCUUCCGGUCUCUGCUUGCCAAUAAAGGGCUCUGAAUUCAUUUCUUCUUCCUGAUUUUCUUUUCUUCCACAAGUUCGUUCUUCAGUCACCUGCUACGGUGUCCGUCAACUUCAUUUCUUCUGUAUCUUUAAAGCUUAAGACAGCAUAAGGGUGGGGCUUGAAUGGGAUGAAUACUAAAGCAAACUCGAUUGAACUUAUGCAGCCGCUAAGUUCUUGUUUUCUUUUGCAUGAUAGUGACCUCAGUCUUCUAGCAAGUGUCUAUGAAAAGAAAAUGGACUUAUGGACUUACAACCCUCUGAAUCCUCUUAAUAUGUCAAUUGUUUAUGCUUGUACUGCAUGAAAACUCUGUAAAAUGCUGCUUCAUGUGUACCUUAAAGCAACCUUGAGAUGUAUACAUUACGAUCUACGUCCUGUAGAUGAUAAGCGGACACUGAGAGAACUAAAAUUGUUUCCCCACUGAUGAACAGAAGAACUUUUGUUGAGUAUGCACUUAAUGCUAAAACUGUUCCUCCUAUGCCUUUUGUGACAUUAAUUGCUUACGUUAAUAGAGACUAGAACACAUGAGUAUGUAGGAGAUUAAGUCCCCUGACGUCUGUAGAAAGAAUUGCGUGAACUAUAGCUUUUUUAGGCAAAUAGCUCAUAAUGGGUGUAAGCUCCUCAAGCCACAUGGCCAGGCCACUCCCGCAAGGACCUCUAACGGCCAGGUUCCACCCACAGAACACUAACUGCCCUGACUGCUGGAC